CGUAUUAGUGGCGCGCCAGAAGCGGAAGCAGGUUGCCCCGUCGCGGAUCGGUGACGCGUAGAACUGAGACUCCACGUCACAACUAUCCACAGUGGAACCGGAGACAUGGCGGAGAACGAAGAAAACCGGGAGGAGAGCGGGACGCGGCUGUUUGCAGGACUGUCUGAUGUCUCUAUAUCUGGAGAUAUUCCCGUGGAGGGAGAGAUCACAGUGCCGAUGGCCUCCCAAUCACAGGAUGACGAUUUCUCCACAUUGGACGAGCCCGUCAAAGACACCAUUAUGCGGGACCUGAAAGCUGUGGGGAAGAAGUUUUUCCAUGUGAUGUACCCUAAAAAGAGCACAGCCCUUCUCAGAGACUGGGAUUUAUGGGGCCCUCUUGUGCUCUGUGUCUCACUUGCAUUAAUGCUACAAGGUGGUUACGCCAACAGCAAAGAAGACGGAGGACCCCAGUUUGCGGAAGUUUUUGUAAUCAUCUGGUUUGGAGCCGUGGUCAUCACACUGAACUCCAAGCUUCUCGGGGGAACCAUCUCCUUCUUCCAGAGUCUGUGUGUGUUGGGGUAUUGUAUUCUGCCCCUCACCGUGGCAAUGCUGGUCUGCAGAUUGUUGCUUCUAGCAAGUGUAAGCAUAGUGACGUUCGUCCUGCGGCUGGUCGUGGUCGUUGUUAUGUUCGCUUGGUCUACAUUUGCCUCAACUGCCUUUUUAGCGGAGAGUCAGCCACCAAACCGCAGAGCCCUGGCCGUCUAUCCCAUCUUCCUCUUCUACUUUGUGAUCAGCUGGAUGAUUCUGACCUUCAACUCUUCUAAGUAGUUCUGGGGAUCGGGGGGGAUUCUAUUUUCUAGUUGGAUGGACUUGAAUAAGCUUGGAGGACGAGCUGAGAAGGACCACCUAUGGACAGGUGUCUAACUGACCAAAGUCACCAGUGCUGAAUGGAGCUGCCCAGACUCCGGGCCUGUGCUUGCUAUGUGGCGUUUGUAUAUAACCCUCCGCAUAUAGUUACUGAUUCCUAUUUUCUACAGCUACAGAUGCUGUAAGUGGGUGUAAGCUCUUCAUUCAAGACCUGCUGGGGCAAGGGAUAAGGCCCUAAUCCAUGGUAGGCAACCUGGGGCCCUCCAGCUGUUGCAAAACUACAAGUCCCAUCAAGCCUCUGGGAUUAAUUGUAACUGCCAGCCUUGCAAUGCCUCAUGGGAAAUGUAGUUUCACAACAGCUGUAGGGCCCCAGGUUGCCUACCCCCUGUCCUAAACAGUCUACUUUAUGUUUACAUAAGGUAUGCAAUGUAAGCAUAUUUCACUACUGAUAAUUGGCAUCCUUUUUAUGUUUAAAAAUGUUUUUCCCCCUAAAAAGAUGAGAAUUGAAAAGGGUGCCAUCAUGUCCUAGUAUAGCAGAAGGGGUAUUACAUUUGUAGAUGCCCAAUGUAGCUCUUAAAAUAAACCUUGCACUAAAAGUUUCACUAA